UAUUGCGGUGGAAUUAUGAGGCAAUUCAUGGAUUCAGUUGAGGGAUUGCAAACUCCGCAGCUAACUUUUGAACAGGAAGUGAAAGCAUUUUUUGAUUCAGCUCCUCCUUUGCAGAAAAGUAAUGAAAUAAGUGAAAAAUUGAAGGAAUUUAUAACACGCAAUUCUUUGCCUGCUGAUGGGAAUGCCAGAAGAGUCGUUUGCGUGACAUCUGGCGGUACCACUGCUCCAUUAGAGCAACGGUGUGUUCGAUAUGUUGACAAUUUCAGUUCAGGUCAUAGAGGAGCCACAUCUACAGAGUAUUUUCUGCAGGCUGGAUAUGCUGUCAUCUUUCUUUAUCGAAGGGGAAGUUUCCAGCCGUUUUGCAGAUCCCUGCCUGAUGAUCCUUUACUUGAAUGCUUUGAGGCUACCAGUGAUUCCAAUAUUCGAGUUCGCGAGGCUCAUGCUGAAGCAGUGAAGAGGGCUAUCAUUGAUCAUCAUGCUGCAGUAGCAGACGGUCUCCUAUUAAAACUUCCAUACAGUACAAUAUUUGAGUAUCUUCAGAUGCUGCAAAUGACUGCAGUGUCAAUGAGGUGCCUUGGGCCACGUGCAAUGUUCUAUCUUUCAGCUGCAGUAUCUGAUUUUUACGUUCCUUGGAAGGACAUGGUGGAGCACAAAAUUCAGUCAGGAUCUCACAUUUUGGACGUGAAACUCGUUCAAGUGCCAAAAAUGUUGUCGGUGCUAAGGGAAGAUUGGGCUCCAUCUGCCUUCUGCAUAUCUUUCAAGUUAGAGACAGAUACAAACAUUCUUCUGAAGAAAGCUGAUAAGGCUCUUGAAAAGUACAAGAUGCAUGCUGUUGUUGCAAACGAACUCUCCACUCGCAAGGAGGAAGUGGUGGUCGUCACUAGUUUUGAGAAGACUACUGUUCGGCGGAAUAAGAGUCAACCUGGUGAUGUUGUAGAGAAUCCCCUGAUUAAGCUCCUUUCUGGGAAACAUUUAGCUUACAUUGAAGAAUCUAGCAGAUGAGUCAAAACAGUAAGAUCCUGAUCAGCUGCGUUUUUGGGGCACUAAAACUUUCGUUUGCAUUUGAUAACUUCAUCAUCCCUAAGAAGGAUGAGAAGAAUUAGACGCACUAUAGAAAUAAGGCCUAAAAGAGAAGAACUGUUGAGGGCCCUUGUCUGAAUUUUACCUCUCUCUUUUUUUUUCUUGUUUUUUGGUUCUAAGAUUAGCCUUAUAAGUUAUAAAUAAACUUUGUAGUUUGUAUCAUAUUUUUGAGUUUUAUCUCAUAAUAAAACGGGUUUACGCCAUUUUCUCUCAUGAUUAAGAAAUUGUAUAUAUUUUGAAUGUUUGGGGCUUCAAUGUUUGUUGUCAAUGGUAUUGGCAGUGCAAGACAAAGUUAAUACGAUGAGCAAAAGAAAUAGGUUUCUUAUGAGGAACAAUAGAACCA